GAGGGGGGGAAGAAAAGCGCAGCUUAUAACGACAUGUUACGACAGCAUGCCUGGUGUCGGUUUUCCCCUAGCAGCCGCGGUGUAGCCAGCGUACAGAAGUGCACUGAGCUAGGGAUGGGUCCGAGCAUUAUGCUGCUUGGAUGCCAUUGUGCAGAGUGAUUUUUUUCCCCUCCCUUCGAGCUUCGAGUUUCCUCUCCGCGUUUUUUUCUCUCCCCCGCUUCACGCAUUCCUGAUUUCGUUUUUUUUUGCAUGCACUGUUUACUGUUUGUUAGCCCGUGCCAGACGGUUAGAGCAAGGACAUUAGCCAAUCUGGUAUAUAAAAACGAGCUGCUGCUCCCGGUGUCUAAUGCUAUCAGCAGCUAGCUAAAGUUGCUACAAAAAAACCCGCUUCUUUGCAUGGAAUGCGAUAUGUACAUCUGACUGUUGCUUGCAUCGCGUUUCCUUUUGUGCAGUAGAUUAGGAUUAUGUAGAGGUACGCUGCUUGGUGAAGUUUUUUCUUUUGUUCGUAUAAUGUGACCAGAGUGAUUACCGGUCCUUGAAUUUGUCUUAAGACCCGACGUACUGGGACGUUUUAAAUAACCGAGGUCCUGUGACAGCUGAAGCCAUACAUGUACAGCGGAAGGAUGACCGAGGCAUGGCAGCAGCAGCAUGCAGUGGCCCCUCCUCCUGUUGCACAUCCUCUUCUUCAAGGGGCCGAAAAUCCCCUCGGUAGUGCCGUGUAUGGGAUCGUCCUUCCGGCAGACCCUGCUUUACAGCAGUCGCAGCACGGUCAGCACAGCCAGCAGCACCCUGUGCCUGCUCAACAGCCAUCUCUGCAAGUCGGGAGCGAGGGCGGGCACAAAUGCGGCGCGUGCGGCCAUGAUAUAUCUCACCUGGCGAACCCGCAUGAGCACCAGUGCAUGGUGAGUCAGGACCGCUCUUUCCAGUGCACCCAGUGCAUGAAGAUCUUCAGUCAGGCCACUGAUUUGUUGGAGCAUCAAUGUGUCCAGGUAGAGCAGAAACCGUUUGUGUGUGGCGUGUGCAAAAUGGGAUUCUCCCUGCUCACUUCUUUGGCGCAACAUCACAACGAGCAUUCGAAUGGCAACAACCCUAUGAAAUGCUCCAUCUGUGAGAAAACAUACAGGCCAGAUUCUUCCUCCUCAAACCCCCAGCAGCCAUCUACGGGCGAGACCUCCAGCAGCGGCGCCGCAAUGGGCUCCUCUUCGUCCACGGCUUUUCAAAACUCGGACAGGCCUUACAAGUGCUCUGUGUGCUCGAAGGCUUUCCGACACCUGUCUGAGCUCUCUCGGCACGAGCGAGUGCACACGGGCGAGAAGCCGUACAAAUGCAACACCUGUGAUAAGAGCUUCAGCCAGGCGUCACACCUGGCACAUCACCAGCGCACUCAUAGUGCUGACCGCCCUUACAAAUGCGCUGUCUGCGAUAAGACCUUCAAGCACCGGCAGCACCUCGUGCGCCACAUGUACGCCCACUCCGGCGAGCACCUGUUCAAGUGCAACCUUUGUGAACUGCAUUUCAAGGAAUCGUCCGAAUUGCUGCACCACCAGUGCCAGCCUGCGGGUGAACGACCCUUCCGUUGCACGACGUGUGGAAAGACCUUCAAACGGCCAUCGGAUCUCCGGCAGCACGAGCGCACCCACUCCGAAGAAAGACCGUUCCAAUGUGAAGAGUGCCAGAUGAGUUUCAAGCAGCAGUAUGCCCUUGUGCGACACCGCCGCACUCACAAAAACCCAGCGGAGCGUCCUUUCAAGUGCAACCAGUGCGACAAGGGCUUCCUUCAACCGUCCCACCUUCUGUACCACCAGCAUGUCCAUGGAAUCGAGAACCUGUUCAAGUGUGCCGCUUGCCAAAAAGGCUUCAGACAGUCUGGCGAGCUGCUCAGGCACAAGUGUGGAGAGUCCGGGUCAGGCUCCAAUGCACCCGAGAAACCGUACAAAUGCGAUGUCUGUGGCAAGGGCUAUAAAAAGUCAUCCACUCUUCAGCGACACCAGAACUCCCACUGCACCGAAAAGCCACUCAAAUGCUCCCUGUGUGGUCGCCGCUUCCAGUCGUCGUCUGAUUUUGUCCAGCAUCACUGUGAUCCUGCCCGCGAGAAACCAAUGAAGUGCUCGGACUGCGAGAGGCGCUUUAAAUAUUCCUCAGAGCUCCAGAGACAUCGCCGUGUCCACACGGGAGAGAAACCUUUUAAGUGCCCAACCUGCGACAAGGGAUUCAAGCAGCGAGAGCACCUGGCCAAGCAUGGGAUUGUCCACUCACGAGAAGCCCAGUUUAAAUGCGUGUGGUGUGGGGAGUGUUUCGGGGAGCUGGGGGCUCUUCAGGAGCACACAGUCCAACACACUGCAGAAGGAGGGGGCUAUCCGGUAGCCCCGUGCAUACAGUAAUGGUGCUCCAGCAACGUUAGUCUCCCAUCUUGUUUAACGAAGCCACGAAUAUAUAGCGCUUAUACGAGAAACUCGUCAGUGUUCUAAACGUGCUAUAAUUUAUUGAGGUUCAUUUCAAGACUCGCAGCCUGUGAUUAUACUUUUCAACUAUGUGUACCAGUAUUUUCCAGCCAAAGCUUAGGUGCAAAAUACAAAAAAAAAUGUCUAAAAAGUUUAUAGGAUAUAAACUCAAUCAUGACUAUUCUAGAUUUUUAGCUCCCCCAUAUCUGAAAUCGAAAUUCAGAUACAGUGCUGUUGUAAGUGUUGUGUGACCGAUUGUGUUUUCACUAUUUUAAUAUUAACAAGCUUAAUUCAGUCAUUUUCUUAGGAGCGCUUCCCAAACAUGAAAUGGCUGGACUAAUUAUUUCGGCAUGUGACAGACAGUGUUACUUUUUUUCCAUCUUGUACAGUAUAUGUACAACCUCAUGCUUUUUACCUGCCGUAGUACUUGUAUAUAUCCUAAGGCAAACUGCUCCAUAUAGUAACUUCGCCCGUAUAAACUCCAAUGCCUAACCCAUGAUGUAACAGGGUAUGUGUAUGCAUGAAUAAUCUAAAAUCUCUGUUAGUAUUUUAUGUUGUAAACUGUACCUGGUGCUUAUUUGUAUGUUGUCUUCUAGGCAAAAGAACAAAGAUAGUUAUUUUGAAGUGAUGCAGUCGUAUGUGACGAGUGUAAGUGGUCGAUUCAUCCCUGGAGUUAUCAUGGUUAUUUAGACGACGAUCAGUAACACUCAUACAUUUAUACAGUUUACAGUUUGGACUUUUCAACUGCCCAGUAACAGCAUGUCUGUCACAGCAAUUUAAAAAACAAAACAAAAACCCACACACUCAAGCUGGUGUUACUACUUAUUGAUGCUCUAAUAUCUUCAGUACUAUUCAGAAAUUGAUGUUUUGUAAUGAUUUAGUACAAUAGUACAAUUUAGUGUCUGUAUCUUCACCAUACUGUAAACUAUAUGUCCAUGAUCAUUCCUCUCUAAGGACAGUUAUUACUUUAUUACAGUGGAUGUAGUAGACUUAUUUUAUCUUUAUUAGACAUUUCUUUCUUUUAUUUUGUCCAUUUAUACAUGCCUUUGAAAAGUGUCGGCGGUGAUGUCCCUUAAACUUUAGGUUUGCUAUAUAUA